AUGUCGAACGUUGCCCCCCCAUCCCCCACAUUCCCCCCGUUCCCCCCGCCUGCGCCAGACGGAGGAGUGGGGGCCGCGGGGGUCGUUAGGGGGGUCCCGCUUGAGGCUCCCCCAGGGGAUGGGGAGGACGGCGGGGCGGAAGAAGCGGAAGGGGAGGCGGAAGGGGGAGCGGUAGGGGAGGCGGAAGGGGGAACGGAAGCGGGAGCGGAAGCAGGGGCUAAGGGCGCCGAGGAUGCGGGAGCAGGGGCGGAGGGCUCCGCGGUUUCGGAGAGGGAAGGCUCGGAGGCCGGCGCGGGCGCUUGCAGCAACGCGCGCCGCCCGUGA